AAACGGGUUGGCCUUUUGAUGAUCUUGGACUUGCAGUUUCGCUGGUGGUAUUCUGAAAAUGACCUGUUUGUAAAUCUGCGUAAUCGAAUAGAAAAGGUUGCGUACCUGCAGCACCUCGAAACUGUUUCUUGCCGUUACCGUCAAAUUCUGGACGCAUCCAAUUAUGCUCACGCGCUGAAAGUCGGUACAGCCAAAUUAGGCGACUCUUUGUUGUCAUUAUUGGUCAGACUGCACAACAGAAUGGCAGAGAGCGAUUAUCGACCCCCGCCCUCUUUCCCUUCUUCCUCCGAAGCCGGUGAUACCGAUGCCGAGUCAGCAAGCUAUGGCGAUGGUCCGCAUGCCAUUAGAAGACUGCUCAACCGUGUCUGCGCUUUGGACGAGGCUUGCAGAACCGAACUGGAAAGUAUAUGCAACACGUUGUAUGCUUGCCGAAGUGCAUCGUCGGAAAGCAUGCACCUGGUGAAAAAGAAGCAAAUGGCCAAGGAGCGGCAGAAGAGGGUGAUGGCUCAGUUCGCUGCCAAACAGCAGGCAGUGAUGAGUCACUACCUUAAAACUGUCGGUUCAUCAUCACAGACAGCAAGCAGCAGCAGCGUGUCAACGGAUGUGAUGACGGGGGAUAGGCUGUCUGAUUACGACACUGACGUUUACGAGUGCGUCAUAUGCAGUCAAGCCGACAGCAGCUGCCCGAAAAGACCGAUCUGUUUGGUGGCGUCGGCACAGUCGACCAACAUUUUUAAAAAGUGUACGUUGCCGCCGAACUUUGGCUUUGAUACAGUCCUCCUGAGGGAUGCAGAAAAGAGCCGCGGCUCAUUGGAUCAUUUUUGGCACAUGAAGAAGGAAGAGAAAUUCAAGUAUUCCAACUUGUCGUGUACAGACGAGUACUGUUUCCUCGAUACCGAAUCAGUCUUCAUCCAGUGCUGUGGCCAUUUCGUACAUAAAGACUGUUUAGAUGCCUAUCGAGAUACUUUGCGGUCAGACCAGAGACCAAGGCACACAACUGUAUUAGAAGUGUCGCAUGGCGAAUUCCUGUGCCCGUUAUGCCGUCAGAUCUCCAACUUCUGUAUGCCCGUGCUGUCAGCCAUCGAAGACCGUCCGUGCACUUUCGACGACCACAGCAACGACGCAAUGUUCAGUGACCUACCUUCAUUACUAACCUGUUCCGUGUACGAGGAGAUUGAGGACGAUAUCGUGCCCACUUCACGCACUAUUAUGUUGGGCUGUAUGAAGCGCUUCAACGAGAACGUUCCGUACUAUCAGCAAAGCCAGUGUGGUUUCUUCUGUAAUCUUAUCAGAAUGAAUCUCGCACUUAUGGCAGAGUUCAAGGAAAAGCUUGAAAAGCGAAAUCUGCAUUGCACGAGCCUGUUGUUGAGGUUUGUAUCUCGCUUGAUCCAAUUUUACCACUCCGCGCGAGCACCUUUUAACGUCGAUGAACAGAUGUUUCUGUUGACCGGUCUUCCCAGCAGAGCCGCUUGCACAUGGCAAAUCUUGCAAGAACAGAAACGGCCGUUCCCGUUGUUGAUGGUGGACAUGGAGUUGGCUCUCGUUCACGCAUCGGUGUUAUUUAUGCAGAACAGCAAAUGCGAGAGACACUUUCGGGCAUUAUGCCAGGCAUUCUGGAAUCCGUUGGUGGUGCAAAUAUGCCUAGGUGAACUGUGUCGAUUGGGAGUCGGACUGAAAGUACCAACACCUUCGUCGAAACAGAAUGUCGUCAGAUGUGGAUCAGUCACCGAGUUAAUGCGCUACCUCUUGUGUUUCGAUAUGAACAACUGUACGCGAUUAGAGCUGUUCAAUACGGUUACAUGUACCGAGAAGGAAGAAGAAGAGUUUAUGGAUUCUAUAGUUCAGUCUAUCUGCGUCCGUUCGAUGGAGUUCUUGCGCAUUGCGGCCCUGCUGAAAUGCCUGAUUACCGGCACCUCAUUACCAGACCGCAAUUUGGAUGACUUUCAGACCCUGAAGCGUUUUUGUCUUUUGCGUGAUGGCGAAAGGGACCUGACGUUGCAUUCUGAAUACGGACCGAGUGCCAUCGAACGCUGGUUCGUACAACUAACGCAGCUACGGGCUUCACAUCCAAUCAAGUCACUGGUACGUAUGUUCAAUGACCUCCCUCCCGGAAUGGGACUAUUCGGCUCAGCCCUCUCGACACCAUCAGGUAGGCGUAUGUUUAAAUAUGUAUAAUU